AUGGAGAAUGAUAUCAAGCCUAUAUUUGAAAUGGAUACGCGUUCUAUCAAAGCAAUUAAGAUAUUUCUCGAUACCGACACCUUGUACUCGGGUCGCCUAGUCUUAAAAAGUAUUCAAAAUCAAUAUAAAGUCUUUCACUUUCAACAUGGUGGACUCGAUCGAUUAUGUAAGGUAUUCGAUGUAUGGCACAGCUGUGUAACACUAUUAUCGUCGUCGCCUGAAUUAAAUACACGCCAUUACGAUAUUUGCACUCCUAAUGGAGAAGCCAUCAACCUACAAAUUCCCAGACGUGACAAGGUCGACUCUCAAGUAUGGCGUAAUUUAUUCGAUGGACAAGGCCGACUUGUUAAAAAGACCCAGUUCAAGGAGGCUGUGUUUUUUGCUGGUAUCGUUGAAGAGAUGAGAAAGGAGGUGUGGAAGUUUCUAUUAGAAUAUUAUCCAUACGAUUCGACAUUUGAACAAAGACAAGAGCUAAAGUUACAACGUACAAAGAUUUACAAGAGUAUCAAUGACAAAAGACAAGGUAUCAGCGGUGAAGAGCAGAAAACAUUCUAUCGCAAAGUCGAAUGUAUUGUUGAUAAGGAUGUCGUACGUACAGACCGUAGUUCUCAAUAUUACGCAGGUGCCGAUAAUCCUCACGUACAAACAUUAAGGAGAAUUUUGUUAAAUUACGCUAUUGAUAAUCCAGUGGUCGGAUACACGCAAGGUAUGUCUGACCUUCUGGCUCCCUUAUUAGUUAUUAUGGAUAACGAAAUCGAUGCUUAUUGGUGCUUUAUUGGGCUUAUGGAAAAGAGUGUUUUUCUCAACACUCCACAAAAUGAUAUGGAAGAACAGCUUGGAUUGUUACGAGAACUGUUGAGAACGAUGUUACCGCAUUUUUAUGCACAUUGCAUGAAAUUCUUAAAUGGUAUGGAACUUCUCUUUUGCCAUCGUUGGUUACUGCUAUGCUUUAGGAGAGAAGUAGGGGAGUAUCAAGCUCAAAGGAUUUGGGAAGCUGCUUGGUCUCAACAUCAUACGUCCUACUUUCAUCUAUUUUUAUGUGCUGCUGCUAUCUCAGUAUAUGGAGAUACUGUAAUUGAAAAAGAUUUAUCCCCAGAUCUUACUCUUCUUCAUUUUACUUCUAUUCAAGAAAUGGAUGGUAACUUAUUGUUGCGUAGGGCGCAUGAAUUAUUGUAUGAUUUCCUUGUACAAGAUAUUAUUCCAUGCACGCUGAUGAAAAUAUUAUCUGAUUCGGGUGAGUGGGACUCGCCUCCAACACCAACCAUAUACUGU